AGAGGAAACAGAGGAAGAAAGAAGAAGGAGAAGGGACGCACGCAGGGUGAGAGAGGCAGUUGCCGGCGAUGACGGCUCCGGUGACUGGCCGACGGGCUUGCUAGGCAAGGCUAAGGAGUACGCUAGCCUGAGAUUCGAUAGAGGGAAGAAGUUGUGGUGGCGGAGAAUUAUACAGCCAUUGUCUCUCACGACUGCCGGCCCCUGCUCGCGACGUCUCUACUGGAGCCGCCUCUGCCUACUCUGGUGUGUUGCAGCUCCUUACUCUAGCCACAUGCCGCUUGCUUUCCUGCUAGCCUCUGCCUCCUCUGGUCUCGAAGUUGAUGAGACCCUGAUGCAAAGCGUCCAUGCAAAGCUCCCACAAUCAUCCGCUCCAUCUCAGCAGGAGGAGAGCAAUGGAAAUAACACCCCGUCGCGGUCCUGGUGCUUCUCUCCGUGGGCUCGCUUGCUCACCUCGGCGUUUGCGGCUUCUACAGGAAGGACUGAGCAGCCACUGUGCUGGAGUAGACUGUGUGACAGCACAAGUUUAUUUGUUUGUAAAUUAAGCAGUCUGGUAGAUUUGGAAAGGAGGAACAGGGUACUGAACUUCUAUAUAUAUCUGCAUAAGAUUUGCAAGAAUAUUAUGUUAUGUAAGAACAUGGCGGUGCAAUCACCCGAGGUGAAGAAGCUCCGUCACCUACCUCUACCUCCUCCACUAGGCUGACAAGCACAACUGCUGACAACUGAUAACAGUGAGGAACCAAGCAAAAGGGGAGCUUGGCUGCCAAUGGGGUGAUGGAAAGAUUGUAGGGGGUGCUUGCCACAUAUCUUCAAUUUGAGAAUAUUGAUUUCCCUUCUACAAUAUCAAUUAGUAAGCAUUUUCCAAACUGUACGGAAAACAUGUUCUGGAGUUAAUCUACUUUGCUUACUAUUCAUGCGAGAUGGCAGAAUACUUUGCUUAUUAUUCUCUUCAAUUAUUUCUAGAUUACAACGAUGCCAAUGUUCAGGAGUUAAUCUACUGCAAAAAAAAUGACACACCAUUGUCAAGUUGGAAGGAAUUCUGCCUGCUGUAUCUAUUUGUUUUUCUGCUUCUGGCAUAUCCACCGACUCUGUUAACACCAAACAAAGUAACAAACUUGACAAAACUGAAACUCAUCUCCCAGAUUUCUCUAUGCACCGCCAUAGAUUCCGAUUUGUCCAUUGUCUUUAUAACUUACAUUUUGUAUGUAUCUGAAAGCUAAUUCAGCAUGACCCACGAGUGUUGAUUUGUAUGUUAGUGUGAUACAUCUCACUGAAAAUAUUGACCGAAAAAAGGAAAAUAUAUAUUAGGUGUGUGUUAUAAGAAUCAGUAGUCCAUGCUGCCAUGCAACCAAUAUGUAGUCAGACUUUAAAACCAUUGUCAUGCAAAAAUUACCAUAACUUUUUGAGUACUUCGGUUAUCCAGGUUUUUAUAUAGAGGUUCCCUUUGUUGUAGGAUGUCUCCAUCUAUGGUCGAAAUUAUUUUAUUUCAAAGAAAUCCAGUAAAAGUGCUCUUUUCUACACUCCAGAAUUCUUUCUGACUGCUCCCCAAACUCAACCUCGGUCAUCAUUUCCUUCUAAUAAUAUUAAUUAAUGUCACCACUCAUAUAGUGUUUCAAAAUAUUGCUUCUUACCCGAAUUUAAGAAUGUAUUAGAAAACAACACCAACUCACGAUGUAUUAGAAGUGCUCUUUUCUACACUCCAGAAUUCUUUCUGACUGCUCCCUCAACUAAACCUCGGUCAUCAUUUCCUUCUAAUAAUAUUAAAUAAUGUCUCCAUUCAUAUAGUGUUUCAAAAUAUUGCUUCUUAUCCGAAUAUAAGAAUGUAUUAGAAGCAUUUAUCAGCUGUACAUAUCUUAAUACUUGACCUUCAGUGAGGACUCGUUUCUUAGGAGAAAUAGUUGGAGAGCAACAAUUGAUUGGUAAGUCUUGCUUGCUAUUAGUUGCAUAAUUAAUAUUGAAAUUCGUUUGUUUGCUUCAAGGUUACAAAGCCAGCAAUGAAUGAGACUAUCAUUAUUAGGAUUGAAGGAUGGUUCAAUGUUGUUGAUAGCAGUAAGAAACACUUGCAAAUGUAUGUCUCAUCUAUUUAAAUGUGUGCUCUAAAAAUAAAUGUACACAACUGUCACAAUAUUGUUUAGUACAAUAUUUGAAUUAGAAGUAGUAGUUUUAUGUUUUUGUUUAGUUUUAUAGUAUCUCAGUUAUGAAAUAAAUCCAAGCCUUCCUCCAAAUAGGUUUUUUUGCCUUGAUUUUUAUAAUUCAAAUAAUUUUUGUAUUUUAUAAUAUUCAAACAAAAUGGUUUGUAGAGUCAAUGUUCUCUGACUUAGGUAGCUUUAAUUUAAUGCACUAACGAAGCGUUUUACCUGAGACGAGUGCUGGGAGAGGCUGAUUAGGAUUGCAACAAGGGGGAGACGUCGAUGCUGUCGCUGGCGACCGUUACCGCGACCAUAGCUGUGGGAGUGAGGCGCCGGCGACCAUGGCAUCGACCGUGUUGGCCCAUGGUGUUUCAAAUUUUCCAUGCUCCGUUCCAGGUAGCUGCCAUUCCGAUUGAUCCCCUCCAGGUGAGUGAGCAGCUUACACUCAACCGAUGCAGGCAUCCAAAGGCUCGACUGGGUGGCUAGGAACUCAGCUGGGCUCACUUCCAUUUGCAUUCUUUUCUGCAACAUCGGAUACUCCGGAAAGUUCAUGCAUGUUUGUUUUCUGAUAUGGUUUUUCUCAUAAUGCAGGGCACAAAGAUAGGUCUCCUUUUAGUUACCAUAGAUUUUAGUUUUUUUCUGCUUACUGUCUUCUCCACUUUCUUGUCAGAUUAAGCAACUAACAAAUGAAUCUGUGCACAUUUAUACCAUUUUUGCACUCA